AUGCUUGCGACUAUGCGGCCUCACUUACCGGAAGCAAGAAAGCUUCGCUAUCGUAUGGCACGCAGACAUCCUCCUUGGAUGAUCUUUUUCGUAGUCGUUGGUCAGGGCACGGCUUUGCGCAUGCGUGCUGUGGAGUGGCAAGACAUCGUCAACCAUCGACCCUCCGCCAAUGGAUAUGUUGCCACGGGCAUGCGCGAGAAGCAGAGAAAGCGACCUCCUAAACACUGUCGGAUUCCUCAACCACAAAAUCAAUCAGAAGAUGGUGCCAGACUACGUGCACGCGAGGCCCGUCUCACGAAGAUGGAUCAAGGAGUUAGGUUGCAACAUGUUGAUGUUCAGAGGAUACCAUAUGCCACUGCUUAUUUGGCUCAUUCACGAGCAGUUCUGGCUGACACUGGGUUCUUUGGUCCGCACGACAUCUACAAUCCUGCGAACGCCCAGUUGCUUGCAUUGUGGUUGGUUACACGACUAGCAUGCGUUGAUUGGCAACUCUGUGAGCGAAAGUGGGGCAGAUCUUUCUUGUUUCCUGCCCUCUGUGGCUUGAAACGGUUCCUGCCUCGUUCCGGUCAACGUGCCAUGCUGAGCCGGAGAUUGCGAGAGUACUGUGACUACAAGCGCUUGCCGUUUGGCCUUUUGCGUGUUGCCUCUCCGGAUAAGGAGUCUGCGCGUGUUCUCCGCAAGGUGUUGGUCCAGUACAUUAACUCUGCUGCCAGGUUUUCAGGUGUGGAGAAAUCUUGGCUUAAGUCUCGCAUACGUGUGCAAGUUGGCAAAAGCCGCAUUUUCAAGUCCUUCUGGAACCAUGUGCAAGUUGCUGGGAGAGCGUUGACUUUUUCUGAGCGUGUGCAGUGCAUUCGUGAUGAAACAUUGAAGGGUCUCAAGUUGUUGGCUCGACAGCGGCGUUCUGCGGAUGCUUAUGCUUGCGAGACCAAGGGCAUGCAAUUCUACAGGUUGCGUCGGGCUGUUGUUCCUGAUGACAAAAACAAGAAAAGUGCAUGGAUCUUGCCAAAGCUUGCGUACCAAGUACUCUGCCUUGCUUUCGUGUGCUUGUCCAGUACCUGGACGUUUGUGCAGUACUCGCGGGCCUAUGCCAACAGCUUGUUGCUGCAGCGCAUGAAGAACACCUUGGGUGCGGCUCUAAGCGCACGGCUAGGACUACAUGAUGGUGUCUGGGUUUUACCGUACGUCUACACAACAUUGAAGAGCAAAUGUUUUUAUGAUGGCUGCAAAGUGGGGCGAUGUUGCCAAAAGCAUGCACAUUCUUGCGUUCGAAAGAUUUGUAGCUAUGCCAAAUGGCCAAAACGACGUGUUUGGCAGUAUUUCAAUCGAGGUGCAGAUGUUAUUCUACGACAUUUGUGCCCAGGGUUUGAGGCUCAUGGGUUGAAGGACGCAACCGUGAAGCUACGCGAAGGGCUCAGAGAUCUGGAUAUUCCUGGAGACCCGCACACUUGCUUAAGGUGCCAAGCAGCAAAACAACACUUCGUUGCAAUUGUAGCAGAUGCUGGUCAGUUUUAUGAAGAGGUUGCUCCACAACGCGCUCUUGAUGCCGGGUUCACUGUCUUCUCUGCGGCUGCUUCUGUUGGUUGGAAGGGCGUUGCCGUUGCUCGCACCCGGAAGUUCUUUGGUUUCAUGACGUGCGAGUUACAAGGUGGACGCGGCAAGUUUGUCCGCUUGAGCUUGUCGGACAUUUUUGCUACGUUUUCGACGGCCGUCAGCGUCUCCUUAGUGUCUGUGGGCCACGCAGUUGCUAUGUUGAGUGGGUUGCCGAUAGGUGGCCUCAUGAGCAAACUGGCUUCAAGCAUGGUUCUUUGCCAGGAAGAGGAGAACUGGAAAACAAAUCAUAUGCAAAGACAGCGUGCAGGUUUUUACUCCCUGCGACAAUCCUGGAGGCGUACGGUUUGCCAUGUCAGGUAUGUUGAUGACGUGUUCUUGGGUACCCACAGUUUUUGCAAAGAUUGCCUCGUUGAUCUCCUUCUUCAUGUGUAUCAGGAGCGGUUCGAUGUUGCCGAGGAUGAGUUCCCCCUCCAUUUCCUAGACAUGGUGGUGGGCUCUGACAAACGUUUGACACCCAAAAGAAAGGUGCUACAGAUUCCUCCCCCAUGGGCGACUGGAGAAGGUUACAUUCGGCCUCUGCUGUUGGGUGCAAUUCAUCACGAUUUGUUUACUUCGCAGUGCUAUCCGCGAUCCAAUGUUCAAGCAACUUGCAGCCUCUUGCCAGAGACAGUGAGCAGCAUGAUGGUCCCGCUUAGCCUCCUGCUUUGGUUCCUGCUGUUCCCUCGCCACCUAGAGGCGACAUGGGGCAAGGGAGGCAACAAAGGCUACUACAAUCAGUGGUCGUCUAAGAACUGGAACCGGAGCAAUUGGUCUGGCGGCAAUCAGCAGUCAUGGAGUGGUAAAGGCGGCUCCUCAAGCUUUGAUGCUGGAUUGGCUUAUGCCAUGCUGUUGGGAGAUAGGGAGAAGUCUACAAGGCGUCAUUCCUGCAAGAAGCGCUCACAUCGCGACGAUGCCUCGUCAGAUUCGUCCCGAUCGUCAUCUGCAGACAAUCACAAGCGAUCCAAGCAUUCGUCAAAAAUCAAGCGGGAGUUGUCUGAACUCCGUGCUUUCAAGGAGAAGACCGAACAGGCUGCUGUUGAAGAGAAGAAGCACAAAGAGUUGCAAGAACUAGAACAACGUCUUUGGGAAAGGUUGCAGUCCACAACUGCACAUACGAAGCCUGCUCCGCCGUCUAGUGCCGAUGCAGGACAGAUCGUGUUGUCUGGCCCUCAAAGACGCCUCGCUACUAAAGUGCUGGCAGGAGCCAUCACAGACCAAUCGUCAGUGCAAGCUUGGGCUGACAUUGUUGCUGUAGUGGAUUCCAUGGAAGGCCGCCAACUUCUAGAGGUGCUCAGAAGCGAGGGUCUGGCCACUCCACGUGCUUGCAAAGAGCGCCAGAGCAUUUUGCUUACGCAUCUGCAAGCCGAACUGGAAAUCAAGGCCUGA